ACAACAUGCCGGAAGUACCGGCGUUGUACAUAUCAUCCGUGUCGGAAACGUGGCAACGAACGGAGCGCUGUUGGCACUCCUCGCGAGUGUUUCUCGUGGCCUUUUGGUUCUCGAGUUGUGUGUGAAGUGCUGUAAAGUGAUCGAGUGACGCGAGACGUUUCGCUUGUUAAAGAGACUAUUAACAAUUAUUGAUCAUUAGACGCUUUCUACAGAAAAACAAUGAAGUGGUACAUUGUACUCACAACACUUAUGUUAUGCGCAGCUGCGUACACAGAGGAAGAGGAGGAGGCUGCUAGACUAUUAGUUUCUAAACAGAUACUUAACAAAUACUUAGUAGAAAAUAUGGAUAUAGUUAUUAAGUACACUAUUUACAAUACUGGUAACGUAGCUGCAUUGGAGGUUGAGAUCACAGACAACUCGUUCCAUCCAGAUCACUUCACUCAUGUAAGUGGAGAAUUGAACGCCAGAAUUGAUCGUGUGCCUCCUUACACUAAUGUGAGCCAUACAGUAGUGGUAAGACCGCGCAAAUACGGCUACUUCAAUUUCACUUCGGCCGAAGUACUGUAUCGUCGCAAGGAAGACGCUCCCAGACUACAGGUAGCCGUGAGCAGUGAGCCUGGCGAAGGACUCAUUGUGGCAUAUAGGGACUACGACAAACAAUUUUCGUCCCAUGUCGUUGAUUGGGCCGCAUUCGCCGUGAUGACUCUACCUUCUUUACUUAUCCCGUUCGCUUUGUGGUACUCGAGUAAAUGUAAAUACGAAAAACUGUUGAAAACCACGAAGAAACACUGAUCACGAAUAUUGAGAUUCCAAAUGUUGCAAUGCUACCUUUUUCAAAAUAUAUUUCUAGGUCAUUUAAUAAAUUUUCUUAUACCAUGUAAGAAAUGUCACUGUUCCGCUAUAUAUUUACUUUUAUAAUAAACAUUAUUAUUUAUGAUGGAA